AUGCCCUCGGCGUUGACCACACCGAGACUAUUCCAAGAAGAGCCAUUAUAUGCGGGUGCACCAAGUACUUCUUCUGAUGUAGCUUGGGAGACGCUCAUUCCUAAGGGUCGAGGGUUUGUACAAGUCAAUAUUUCUGGUCGCCAGGGCCGAUACUGCGUGUCAGCAUUCCACCAAUUGCAUUGUCUAGACAUGCUUCGGCAUGGAUACUAUGCAGCGACAAAUCUUGGGCGUCGCAAGCACGACUAUACGUCCGCCGAUACUCUUCGGCGCUCUUUACAUGAUGAUCACGUACAGCAUUGUUUCGACUAUCUCCGCCAAGCACUCAUGUGCUCAGCAGACCCGACGUUAGAACUCAGGAAUGCAUCAAUUGGCGGUGUGACAGGUUGGGGAUCAAUGCAUCAAUGUCGUGACUUCGGGGCUCUGCAGCUUUGGACCGAAAGCAACAGAUACAGUGAUGAGGGUGGCAUUCUGAACUGA